CCCUCCCGGCGGGGCCGCACCAGCCCCGCGCCCGCCCCGCUCCGCCCUGCAGCGGCGGCUCGGACGUCCGGAGCCGCGGGUCCCCGGCCGAGCAUCUAACAGGCACUGGUUGACCUCCAUCGUACCACCAGAGCGCGCCUGGAUCACCAAACCUUCCCCAGCGUUGGCAUUUGGACUCCCAGAUACCACAUCUGUCAGCUCUGGGUCUUAACCUUGCGGAGGCUCCCUGCCCUCUGCGGUAAAUGUCAGUCCUUUCUCUCAAGUCUGGGGAGGUCCCAGGAGGCAUCCCCCAACCGGUGUGGCCCGGAGAGCCGUGGAUAGCAGCCGUGACAUCAUGCGCAGCGGCAUCGCAUCUGCCAGUCGUCCCCCUCGUUGCCCCUGAGUCCAGCCUCAAGUUCAAGUCCAGGGCCCUCCAGUCCUGCUGGCGCCAUGAGCCACGGGCCGAGCCCCCGGCUGGCCGAGUCCCCGCAGCUGUCCAAGGGCAGCCUGCUGACCAUCCUGGGCAGCCCGUCCCCGGAGCGCAUGGGGCCGGGGGCGGACUCGCUGCCGCCCACGCCGCCCAGCGGCACCCCGUCCCCCGGGCCGUCCCCCGCGCUGUCCCUGCCGCUGCCGCCUGCGCCCGCGCUGCUGGCCGCCGACGGCGACUGGGAGGGCCGCGAGGAGCUGCGGCUGCGGGAGCUGGAGGAGGCGCGGGCGCGGGCGGCGCAGAUGGAGAAGACCAUGCGCUGGUGGUCGGACUGCACCGCCAACUGGCGCGAGAAGUGGAGCAAGGUGCGCGCCGAGCGCAACCGCGCGCGCGAGGAGGUGCGCCAGCUGCGCCAGCGCCUGGACGCGCUCACCAAGGAGCUGGCGGGCGCGCGCCGGGAGCGCCAGGAGGCGCAGGGCGAGUGCGAGGCGCGGGGCCGCGAGCUGGCGCGGCUGCGGGGCGCCCGGGGGGCCGCCGCCGACCAGACGACGACGCCCCCCGACGGACCCGGGACGGAGCCCGAGCGGGAGCAUGAGCCGCCGGUGCGCGACGUCGGGUCCCAGAGGCCCCAGAGCAGCCAGGAGCUGGAGCUGGCGGAGAGCCUGCUGAAGGGCAGAGCAGAGGAGCCCGAGGGCUGCUGGGAGACGCGCAGUGCGGGGACCGGGGGCCCUCGGGGCAGCUCAGGCCGCCAGGAGCGCAGCCGGCUGCCCUGGGAGGACACAGCGGCCAUGGAGGAGGAGGCCUCCAAGCUGACAGCCCUACGCCUACGGCUGGAUGAGUCCCAGAAGGUGCUGCUCAAGGAACGAGAGGAUAAGCUGGCACUGAGCAGGAACAUUGAGAAGCUGGAGGGGGAACUUAGCCAGUGGAAGAUAAAGUAUGAGGAGCUGAGCAAGACCAAGCAGGAGAUGCUCAAGCAACUCAGCAUCCUGAAGGAGGCGCACCAGGACGAGCUGGGCCGCAUGUCCGAGGACCUGGAGGACGAGCUGGGGGCGAGGUCCAGCAUGGACAGGAAGAUGGCUGAGCUGAGGGGCGAGAUGGAGCGGCUGCAGGCGGAGAACGCGGCCGAGUGGGGCCGCCGGGAGCGGCUGGAGACGGAGAAGCUGGGCCUGGAGCGGGAGAACAAGAAGCUGCGGGCGCAGGUCGGGGACCUGGAGGAGGCCCUGGCCCGCCGCCGGCGGCAGGCGGCCAGCGCCCUGGACUGCGACCUGCGGGCCAGCCAGGCUGCGCUCUUCGAGAAGAACAAGGAGCUGGCAGACCUGAAGCACGUGCACGGCAAGCUGAAGAAACAGUUCCAGGAGAAGGUGGCAGAGCUGGCCCACGCCAACCGGCGGGUGGAGCAGCAUGAGGCGGAGGUGAAGAAGCUGCGCCUGCGGGUGGAGGAGCUCAAGAAGGAGCUGGCCCAGGCUGAGGACGAGCUGGACGAGGCCCACAACCAGGCGCGGAAGCUGCAGCGGUCGCUGGACGAGCAGACGGAGCAGAGCGAGAACCUGCAGGUGCAGCUAGAGCACGUGCAGUCCAGGCUCCGCCGGCAGCAGCAGAACGCCCCCCUCUUCGGGAAGAUCCGCAGCAGCGCCCGCUUUGGCCCCGAGGAGGCCGGGGACGGAGCCAGCGACCUGGAUGAGGACGAGGACCUGCAGAUCCAGGUGGCCUAGAGCGCCCGGGCCACAGCCCCCCACCCCUGGGUGCUCCGGCUGACCGGCCGCUCACUGAUGCAGCUGCCCGUUCUCGCCCCGGGAGCACCCCUGCCAACGUCCUGUGUUUAUAUAUAUAGAUAUAUUUUUAUAUACGUGUCCGGUGCUAUAAACACAAUACGCACCCCCCAGGCCUGAUCCAGGCUCUCCCCCCCCCCCCACCAGGAAUCUCGUGGAGGGGGGAUGAGGUGUCAAGAGAUGGUCCGUUGGGUCCCCAGCCCAGGCUGCCUCUCUGAGCCUUGGGGGCUGGGUGGGAGCUAUUCACACUACAAUGUGAUUUGGUAAUAAACGAGUUGAGGUUCUUGGGGUGGAGUCCUGAGCUCCAGGCAGCAUCAGCCUACACUUGCACCGAACUGAAGUUCAAAAAGAUCAAGUGAAUGAAUGAAUGUGAGAAUGAAUGAAUGAAUGAAUGAACAUCUGAGCUGCAGGAUGUUCCUGGGAGGGGAAGGAGACAGGAUGGUGCACGUGUUAUCUGGAGAAGAGGAGACUUAAAUUCUGGCAUCGAUGGACUCUCCGCUCUGCCCCUUGCUGGCUGUGCAACCUUGGAGAAGUGACUUGGGCUCUCUGAGCCUCCGUCUCUCUCUCUGUAAAUGAGGUGUCUCCCAGAGCCGUCCUGAGAAUCAGAUGGCUUCGUCGGGAGCUCAGAAAAGGUGCGUUGUUCUUGAAGCGCUCGGAGGCAUGCCGCGGAGAGGAGGGGUGUGCCAGCUGGGCCCUGCCACCAGGAAUGGGGUUCAGGGG